CAGCCACGGACCUGGACUGGGAGAGUCUAACUCCAUCGCGGCUGACAGGGACCACUACAUUUCCCAGGAGUCUCAGCAGCGACACCAACCGGAAGCGGCGGGCGAAUUGCUUGUCCUUGCGCGGCGAGUGAAGCGAGAGACCAACCAUGGUGGCUCGAGUGUGGUCGCUGAUGAGGUUCCUCAUCAAGGGGAGUGUGGCUGGAGGAGCGGUCUACCUUGUUUAUGACCAGGAGCUGCUGGGGCCUAGUGACAAGAGUGAGGCUGCCCUGCGGAAGGCCGAGGAGGUUGUGCCACCAGCAAUGUACCAGUUCAGCCAAUAUGUGUGCCAGCAGACAGGUCUGGAGAUGCCGCAGCUCCCAACCCCUCCAAAGAUUAAAUUUCCGAACUUCCGUGACUCCUGGAACUCAGGCAUCAUCUCAGUCAUGUCAGCUUUGUCGGUGGCCCCCUCCAAGGCCAGAGAAUACUCCAAGGAGGGCUGGGAGUACCUCAAGGAACACAGCAAGUAAUGGAUGCUACCUGCCCCAGCAUUAUGGGGGUCAAGACCAGGAUGGCAAAGACAUCCCAGUGGGGACCUCACUCUGAGGGCAGCUUCCAGCAUUGCUGGCCCAAUAAAGGACUUGGGAAUGGUC